CGUCCAGCAGGCUGUUACGGAUUAUGGUGGGGAUUUGUCGCUGGCUGCUGCUUCUGUCCAUCUCUCUGAGGGUGUGGUCCGUGCCCAUCGACAGAAAGACUGAUGACCAAGAAGCCCCACCUCCACAAGAGGAGAAAGGAGAAGAAAAUGUGGAUACAGGCCUGUACUAUGAUCGUUACCUGAGGGAGGUCAUUGAGGUCCUGGAGACGGACCCUCACUUCAGAGAAAAACUACAGACAGCCAACACAGAAGAUAUUAAAAAUGGCCGUCUCAGCAAAGAGCUGGAUCUGGUGGGUCAUCAUGUCCGAACUCGACUGGAUGAGCUGAAGAGGCAGGAAGUGUCGCGUCUCAGGAUGCUGCUGAAAGCUAAACUGGACAGCACAAACAUGCAGAGUGUUCAGAUGGAUCAUGUGUCAUUACUGAAGCAGUUUGAGCAUCUGGAUCCACAUAAUCAGAACACAUUUGAGGCCAAAGACCUGGAGCUGCUCAUCGCUGCGGCCACUAAAGACCUGGAGAACUAUGAUGCGGAGCGUCAUGAGGAGUUCAAACGUUACGAGAUGCUGAAGGAGCAUGAGAGGAGGGAGUACCUGAAGAGUCUGGACCAGGAGAAGCGAGAGAGAGAGGAGAGGAGGAUUGAGGAGCUGAGAGAGAAACACAGGCAGCAUCCUAAAGUCAAUGCACCAGGCAGUGUUGACCAGCUUAGGGAAGUGUGGGAGGAGACGGACGGUUUGGACCCUCAGGAGUUUAACCCCAAAACCUUCUUCAAACUGCACGACACAAAUGGAGAUGGUGUGCUGGAUGAACAGGAGCUGGAAGCUCUCUUUACAAAAGAGCUGGAAAAGGUGUAUGACCCAAAGAAUGAAGAGGAUGAUAUGAUGGAAAUGGAGGAGGAGAGGCUGAGAAUGAGAGAGCAUGUCAUGAAAAAUGUUGACCUGAAUCGUGACCGGCUGGUGAGUCUGGAUGAGUUCCUUAGAUCUACAGAGAAGAAGGAGUUCAACAACGCAAAGGAGUGGGAGACACUGGACGACAAAAAGCCAGUGUACACUGAAGCGGAGCUUCAGAGGUUUGAGGUGGAGCUUCGUGAUAAAGAAGUGGAGCUUAGCAGGAGGGCAGAGACACUGAGACAGGAACAGGAACUUCUCAGAGAGAGAGGCAAAGCACUGGAGGCUCAGAAGAGAGAGUACCAACAGGCAGUAUUGGAGAUGUCUCGGCAGAAGGAGCAGCAGGCAGAGCACAGACCACCCCCUUCAGGCCCAAAUGGAGAAUUGCAGUUUCCGCAAGAGAUUCAGAAACUGGCUCAAGAUGACCAUCCAGUUGGCAAGGUCCCGGUCGAUCAGAAUGGAGAAGUAAAGAACAACCUGCCUGCUGAACCGCCACAGAACCUUCCUCAGCACACCUCUUAACAAACUGCCUCAUAGAACACACCCACACCAGCGUCGUACUCCUAAUACUGUUCUUAUAAGGCACAUAACGGUCCGCCUCGUACAGUGAACCUACAGACAUCCUCCACACCUGGAAAUACAUGCUACUAAACAUUUUCUUGUACUAGACUCUCCACAACUUUAACAGUUUGGCCUCUAGUCUAGAUCAGUGAUGGACUUGCAUAGCCUAGAUCAUCAAUAUGCACUUGUUGCAUGUUUUUGAUGCGUUGCUGAAGAAUGUGUGAAAAAAGUGGUGAAAUUUUUAACAUAUUUAAGCAAUUUGGAGUUUUGGUGUUUUUUUUUUUUUUUUUUUUUUUUUUGGUUGUGAAAUUAGUACUUCAAGAUGGCACUUUCAAAAGGAACGUGUUAAAAACAGCACAGUGUGUUAUUUUUAUAUAAUAUAU